GGGGCGCAGAUGGCGCAGUGAGGAGGCGGUGCGGGGCGGCAAAGGCUCUUCCGCGCCUGCAGAGGCCCUUCCGGGCCCACGGGGACUGGAGGACCUGAGGGAGUCUCCUCUUUUCCUUUGCCGAUGAGGAAGUAGAGACCUGGGACACCUGCUCACCCCCGAGCGCCUGGCCUGAAGGGUUCUCUGUUAAGAAAGGGGCUCUAGCGAAAGCGUCUUGUGAAGAGGCGCCUGCCAGGGCUCACAUGGAGUAACGGGUUCCACUCGCCACCUGGAGCUGCUUGGGCUGUCACAGUGCCUAUGUUGGGGAGCCUUUUGUCAGAAGAGCGUGGAAGGGAGCAAGGCGCAAAGAGCAGGGGCAAAUCUCGUCUUUGUCAGGCUGGACGGAGUGCCAGCUACCCCCACCCGGUCCCUGGAAUUUUCUGAUUAGAUUUUGGAAAGUGAAUUUAACCCUCUGAUCUAUUGUGUUCCCCCUUCCACUGGAAGGACUCAGUAUUAUUAUGAAGAGUGACCCCUAAAGGUUUGCGGGGAAGGAGUAUCACUGCACACCACAGAGCCUCUGCCCAGCCUAGUCUGGCCACCUUGGGGGCUGAGGAAGUCUUUGGCUUCCUGAUUAGACCAAAGUCUAACAUUGCCCUUUAUCAGAAGAGGCUACGGCGGCAUUCCACCAAAGAGCAAAAAAACAACUAAAACAUCACAAACUUUAAAGGCAUACAGUACCCUUCUAGAAUUUUCUGAAUCAGGAACUGCUCUUGUGGUCAGGUGUGUAUUAAAGACCCUUGCUCCAGAUCGACCAUCGGCACCCUGCUGGCAUCUGAGCUAGGAUGGAAAUUCUAUGAUGCCGAUGACUAUCACCCAGAGGAAAAUCGAAUGAAGAUGGGAAAGGGGAUGCCGCUGAAUGACCAGGACAGAAUUCCAUGGCUCUGCAACUUGCAUGACAUUUUACAAAGAGAUGUAGCCUCUGGACAGCAUGUAGUUCUAGCCUGUUCAGCUCUGAAGAAAGGAUACAGAGACAUCUUAAUACACGGAAAAAAUAGUGCACCUCUGAAGUGUGAUGAGCUGGGGAAGGAAGAAAAGCCCGCUGAGGUGAAGCUCCUUGUGGUCCAUCUGACUGGGUCGUUUGAAGUCAUCUCUGGACGUUUACUCAGAAGACAAGGACAUUUUAUGCCCCCUAAGUUAUUACAGUCCCAGUUCGAUACUCUGGAGCCCCCAUCUGCUCCAGAAAAUUUCAUCCAAAUCAGUGUGGACAAAAGUCUUUCAGAGAUAAUUGCUAUAAUUAUGGAAUCUCUAAAACGAAAUGAGAAUCAUUUAUAUGAGUAGUCAAGAAUAGAAUUAGGCAUAAAUCUGUAUCUUCCACCCCAAACCGUGUUCUAGUAUCCUUGUUGAAAUGUAUUCUAGUUUCGUCUUAAGGUGAACAGACUGCAAUGUGUUGAGAUAGGCUUGUUUGGGUGGAGUUUUAGUCAUCUGCGAUACACUUGCUACUCUUGUCAUUGUGCUCUGGCAUAUUCAGAGAAAAGGAAACACUGAAAGUAAAGCUUCGAUUGACAUUUAAAUUCAUGUGACCCCAUCAAAUGAUCAGAAGAGAUUCUCUCAUCUUAUUUAGAAUAUUCUUGAUCAUGCCUGUACUCGGUGAAAUCAAGGAAAUCUGGCCAUCCUUGGUACCCUCUGGAGACUGGUUUCAGGAGCAGAAAAACAAAAAACUGACCACUCAUGAGCAGUCACAUUACAUACACCACACACCUCUUAAUAUAUCUGUAUAUACACAUACAGAUAUAUAUAUAUAUAUAUGUCACCCUCGGGUGUAGAGAAAGGACUUAAUCAUGGUACUCUGAGUCUGUACUGGGCACUGUGAUGGGCACGCUGGAGGGUCUGAGGCUGUAACACAAAGCCCUGGCUCUCAGGGAGUCUCAGUUGGGUGGAAAGACAGGGCCUCUCAUAUCCUCCAGGACCAGCUAGAGUUCUCAGUUUUUUGCAAGAAAGAAAUGAUUUUCAAAUAUUCUGCUAGACUUUCACGUGGGACCAAAUGAAGCAGCCUGUUUAUAAUUAUAGCAAGAUUGAAUCUAUUUUAUACAUAAAUAAAAGCAUUUUUUGCAGUGUCAUUUCAUAUACACUGAAUUUUCCAAGAAUGCAAUAAAGGGACAAUUG